AUGCUCUGCAUAAGCCAGGUUUAUGCGGUUUCGGAUUGGCAUAUUAGAUAUGCUGUGACAAAAGCAUUUUUGGAUACCAAGAUGAUUGAAGGGUCUUCUAUACAAGAGCAAGGGGUUAAGAUGCUAUCCCUUGUGGAGAAGCUCAAGGACUUGAAGCCUGAUCUUGAAAAAGAGACAUACAUUGACGUGAUCCUUCAGUCUCUUCCUCCCUCCUUUGAUCCGUUUAUCAUGAACUAUAAUAUGAAUGGGCUUGACAAACACCUUCAUGAGUUGAUAAAUAUGUUAGUCCAGUAUGAGGCAAUGAUUGAAAAGUCUGCAUCUUCAGUAUUGGUAGGGUAG